AUGCCGUCUGCGAAUAAAGGAAAAGGAAAGGGACGCGAUGUGCGACCGUCGCGUAGCCGCAAUACAACUCCCAGCUCUGGCUUCAGCGCAGCUCCGACCGCAACCUCCGCCCCUCCUACCAGCUACCUUGACAACGACGCAUCCAAACUCAUCGUCCCCACAACAGUACAAUAUGCGGAUAUUCUGGAGCGUAUGGGCGGGGUGGGCCCUAUCCCGGAUUCAAGGUCUUUGGAGUCCCUGGUGGAACACCUCAGGUCCCUGAGUCAAUCGGCGGAGGCUCGUGGUGAUGCCUGCAAUGCCGGGAUUAGGGAGCUAUCCCAGAAGCGCAAGGAAGUGGUGGAUGAGCCUGAAUCGUUUGAUGGUUCAGAACGCGUGAAGAUGAAGCGUGAAAUGGAGGAAGACGACGAAGAGAGCAAACCAUCCAAGUCGGGGAAGCUUAAGAAGCGAAAGGAACGGGGCAGCAGCUCAAAAGAGGAGCGCCCGUUGACAUAUGGCGCCCAUGAAAUUGGUCGCCAGGACGGAGCGGAAACGAAGGUUGAAGGUGGUAGGUUCAUGGUCACUCCCACAAAUCACAAGUCAUCAUCAAAGCAUGCUAAGUGUAUACCUUUAGCUGCAUCCCCGGCUUCCAAAAAAUCCAAGAAUGCAGUAUCAGACGAAACAUCUUCGCUAUCCCCACCAUCAUUGGCUUCACCACGUCAGACCAACGACGGUGCAGAUGCUGCCUCACCCAAAUCCGAUGACAGCUCUGAGUCGCAUCAACCUGAACCAGCGCCGGCCGUGCCUCAAAUCCAAGUCUUCGGCCCCAAUCCUCUCAAAUUCGAUGAUCCCACGAUAUAUCACAUUCGAGAAAUCGUGGCAGGAAUGACGGAUGAUGACAAGAAGGAGAUAUUCAGCGUUAAUGCUUUCCCAGAAAGCGACUUACGCCAUUUGAUGGCAGGGAUUCCUCCGGACCGCGAUUUCAGCAAUGCUAAGCCCACUAACCAAGUUAACGCCAACACCUUUCUUCUCUAUAUCGAGCCUUAUGUUCGGCCGAUGAUGGAGGAAGAUAUAGCAUUCUUAAAAGAAAAGGGUGACCGAGUCACGCCAUUCAUCAUGCCAAAGCGAGGAAAGAAAUACUAUACGGAUGUGUGGGGUGAAGAAGACGGUCUAAUGAAUAUCGAUCAAGCAAAUGGCGACCGAGAGAAGCUACCCCUAAAUGAAGGUCGAGGAAAUAUUGAGCAGGUUACCGAUGAGACAGCGGAGACAGAUAAAGUCUCCGUGGCCCCGUUGGUUAGUCGCCUUUAUUCUUUGCUACGGUAUGAGCAUCGUGCGCCUCCCGAUGAGAAUGCCACCAAUGGCAACACCAACGGGGAUCUGUCGCUGAAUGGUCUAAACGGAGAUUCAAUGGAUAUCGAUAACCCAGCGGGAGAAUCGGAAAAUAAACCCCAGCCGUCCGCAACCUCGUUUCGUGCUGCAUCACCCAGUGGCUUCAAGGUCCCGGCAGCAAAACUUGACCACGCACAGCUAGACGAACGACUGAAAGCGGAACUCCGGCACGUAGGUUUCCUCGGAGCCGACGACAACCCGGAUUACGAUGCUCACUAUGACGAUGACAUCGCCCAGCGCCUCCGUCUUUUACAAAGUGAGCUCAAAAAACAGAUGAUCAUCAAUAGUGCACGUAAAUCAAGAGUCCUCGAGGUCGCCCGCGAGCGCAUGGCGUUCCAGGAGUACAUGACCAUCCACGACGAUCUAGACUCCCAGGUCCAACAAGCUUAUCUAAAGCGGACCAGGACUCUAGGAAAAAGCAAGAAGGGCUCCCAGGCGAAGCACCGACCCGGUGGAGCUGGCGGUGGAAGCCACGUCGUCAGCGCUGCUGGUAUCAGCCGGCCUGCGAUUGGAGACGUUGCUCGAACGCUCAUGGACAGACGCAAGCGCUGGCGCGACUGCAUCGGGCCUGUCUUCAAGGACUGCAAAACGACUGUCCCCGGAACAAGCGAGAGCAUUUUUACACCCUCCCUUAUGUCAGAAUAUGAGAAGAUGGAGGUGGAAGGAUGGGAUGAAGAACAGGAGUGA